AACUUGACAUGCCAGCUAAUGAACUUCACCAGUUUAAUGAAAGUGUUGAUGGUUCUAACAAUGAAAUAAGCAGUGAAAUAUUGUCGCCACCUCUUAUAACAAACACAGUUUUUUUUAUUUGAAUUAAAACACUAAACAAAUUGGAAAUGCCUCUUUUCAAGAUAUGGUCAGGUGAUCGCUUAGUAAAAAAGGCAAUUAUUGCUGAAAAUUUUGAUAUGCUGGUUGUAAAGGUGUUAGAGAAAUUCCAGUUUUCCCCAGCUAAAAUUGUUUUAAAUAUUAAUGGAACAGUAAUAGAAGAGACUGAUGUUUUACUCAGUCUUUCGGGUGAAGUGCUACUCGCUCUUCGUGAUGGUGAAGAUUGGGAAUUGUGUAGUUCUGUAGCUGCAACAACGUCUCCUGAUACUUUGCCAAUGUUUCCAUCACCACUUUUACUGUUACAAGAAGAUCAAUCUAGUAGCACUGAGCAUAUGCCUGGAUUACAACAAUUCCCAAUAGUAUACUGUUUGCCCAAGCUUCCAAAGUCCUUAAAAGCAGCACUGGAGAAAGCCAGCUCUAAAGCAGAUCUAGAUAUGUCCAGUGAGCGGCAGUUAAUUAGAGUUGUUUAUGACGAUCUUCUGCAAUAUUCAUUGUAUCCAACUUCUCAGAUGUAUCAGGCAGUGUGUCAAGCAAUUGUGCAAACCUAUCCAAAGUUACAAGAUAAAAUUGUAUUUUUACGUCAAAAGGCAUCAAAGCCAUACGCAACUUGGCUAGACAGCUUAAAAACAAGAUUUAAGUCUGAAAGGGCAAAAAUGCAUAAUUUGUCAUUAGUACAAGAGCACAAAAAGUUUGGUUCAAAGCUGAAAAGAAAAGAAAUUUUUACCGAUUAUGCGGUAACUCCAAAACAGAAGCGUUCAGAGUUGCAAACAAACAAUAUGGAGGACUUGCUAAGCUGUAGUGCUCAUAAAGUAACUAUGUCAAAUGAAUUAAAAAAAACUUUUCCUGAUUUGGCAAAGGUAAGAGAUAGAAUGGCAAAGAUUUUCGUGCACAGAAGGAGAGUUAUUCUUAAUUCCACCACGACACAAAUAUUAGAAGAAUAUCCUGCUUUGAGGAUUGCUACAGAGUUGUUAGAAGAAGUACAUAUGAUAACUGAAAACGAUGGAAUAGCUAAAAUAAACCAGUUCUUUACAGCUGAAAGGUCCAUUACAAUUCUAGAGAUGGUCAAGUCAGGGAAAACCAAAGCCAAAAACAACGACUUAUUCAAUAGUAUUAUAGCGGCUAUAGGAUAUGAGUCGAAUAUCAAUAUGGAAGCACAAAAAAUUAAAGCAUCUAUGUUGUGCUUGCCUGCCGUGUUUGGUGAAGCUAUUGAAAGAUGGAUCACGAUAAAUAAGGAAUCAACUCUGAGCACACCAAAUUUAACAAUAACUUGUUUAAACCAAGGAAAUAUUCUGCAUUUUGAAGAUGUGCAUAUUGCUAUUUAUCUCGAUGGUCAAGUUGUUUGUAACGUUCAAAACAUCGAUGAAGCAAUCAAAGUGUUAAUAGCGUGUUAUUGGGUUUUUGAGAUAGCUUUUGAUCCGCAGCUGCAAAAAACAUUGACAUUUCUUGCGAACUAUGUUUGUGGGCUUAGCGAGUACAAUGUUAAUCCUCCGAUUCAGCGUUUGCUGAACAAAUUGUUGUAAAUUAAACGCUGCUAACAAAAUUAAAUAGCUUUUUUCAAUAA